GAUAGAAAGAAAAACUUUGCAAACGUAUACCUAACAAAAAAUGUCCGACAUAGAUUCAAUAUUUUUUUGCAACAAAAAAAAAAUAUGAAUAAGAAAAAGCUACAUCAUAUUUUCAGUUUUCUUCAACGAAGUUCGUCCCAAUUUCUAGAGACAUGAAAAACGACCAUCACAAAGGAACAAAGCCACUUUCGUUUUCCAAAUAUGAACACGAUACUUGGAUUAAUCUUGUUACAAUACACGGUGUAUUCGUUACCUUUGCGUUAUCACAAUUUUGAAAUGGUUCAAUCACCCGCACUCGUAUCACAAUUGGACCCAGAUACCUUGAAACCUGUUGAAUCACCCGCAAUCGUAUCACAACUGGACCAAGAUACAUUGAAACCGGUUCAAUCACCUGCACUCGUAUCACAAUUGGACCAAGAUACCUUGAAACCUGAACCUCAAACAGCUCGUAAAGUAAUGAAGAAACGAAAAAUGGACGAUGUAUUGCUCCAAUUCACUCGUCGAUUAUCUCCAAGCACGACUAGAUUCAGAUUACCAAGAAUAACCAGAAGAAGAGUGAAUAAAACGACAACGACAACGACGACACCCAGUACCACUCAACCAACCCUACCAAGUGCACCAGUUAGUUACACUUACCCGAACGCUAUAUUCGACCCAUUUUUCGAAAAACAAAAACUAAUACAAAAAAUAUCCGAAUACUUCAAUUUCACCCAAAUUCCUACAGAGUUUGUGCCUUUUUACAUUUGGUAUUACAACGUGUUGCACGACAAACAGGCGGCAGAAAGGAGAAAUCGAAUAUUACGCUGUCGACAUUCCUAUUCACCCGGUUAUCAUCUGCGUAUUGAAAUUCUAGAUCAUACUGUCUUCCCAGUACCUGAAGAACACCAAGACUAUUACGUAUUAGUGAAUGAUUUAGCAGCCGAUACCAAAGACCCCACAGUUCUUACCUUCCCCAAGGGAGUAACUUUUCACAAAACAACAGCAAUGGAACAGUUACUAGAUGAAAUACUGUACGAUGAUGAAAAUGACAUAGAAGCCGAAGAGAAAGAAUACGAUGAUCAGUUAGAAGAAGACAGUCCUAAUAUUUUUUUCACCACUCGUCCCGCUGAAAAUACCACCACAGUUAUUACCACAACGACACCGGAACCGGAGCCUUUCUACAAUUUACCCAAUUUCCAGGAUUUGUAUCAAGAUAACGCACCUUGGAUCACAACUACCGUUGAUUAUUACGAAGGGUUGUCCGAAUUAUUGGAGAAUGAUAAAAAGAAAAUUCCUCCCGACCAAGACGAUAUGACUUACUUUUUCUAGGAUGAGAUAGACCUACCUCUUUGUGUUUUCAAUUUCCAUUUUUUUAAAUCAAUUUGUUUUGUUCAAUUAUUCAAUACUUAAAGUUUUUCACGAAAAUGUUGAAAAAUUAUUGUGCUCGUAAAUUAUUUUUACACCUCAAUCUCUUUUUUCUAGAGCUGAUCAAAUGAAAACUUCAGAAACUGUU